GGCGUGACUUCCGGUUCCGGCGGUGGGCUACAAAGCUCGACGCCGAGCAGCUGGUUUCUCUUUCCCGGAGCUGGUGGCGGGGCUUGGCGUCUCGCUCCUCUCCUUCCCCCGUUCACCCGGCCUUCCGAGGGGCACCUGCGCAGGAGUCUGAAAAAUCCUUUUGCAGAGUUCUAGGAUGGAGACUGAAGGGUAUCCAGAGAUGCAAAGAGAUGAAGUCCAGAAUGAUGAAAUAAGGUCACCACCAAAUGAGAUGAUGGCUGAGGAGCCAGAAGGCAUCCUGAUAGCGCCGCCCCAGGUCCAGGUUCCAGCAGAGAGCCCGGCUGAAGACUCUGAAGAUGACCUGGAGGCCGUGCCCCUAAGGAGGCCUCUCAACCCUGCAGCCUCCAGGCAGAGGUUCCGGGAGUUCCGCUAUGAAGAUGCAGCUGGGCCCAGGGAUGUCCUGAGACAUCUCCAGGAGCUUGCUGGACAGUGGCUGCGACCUGAUAUUCACACAAAGGAGCAGAUUGUGGAAAUGCUGGUGCAGGAGCAAUUCCAGGCCGUCCUCCCUGAGGAGCUCAGAGCUUGGGCACUGAGGUGUCAGCCUGGGGUCAGAAUCACUGGCUAAAAUCUCACUGCUGCUUUUUCAGCCUACAUAUGAGAAGUGACCAAAGGCUCUCUUUGUUGCAAAUCCAACUACAGUCAUGAGAAAUCUGAACCUUGAUUUUCUUUGAGCUUGCCUUUGCUAGCUGUAAUAAGAAUCAAUGAAAACCUUUUUUUUUUUUUUUUUGCCUGAAGCAGCUUUCUUUCCUGGCAGUAUGAACUCCAAAAUGAGUUUCCCUGCCUUAUUGUAAGGACAAUCAGUCUGCUGCUUGCCUUUGCUCUGCUGAAUCCUCCCCUUUUGCACUUUGUGACACGCUUUAAUAUAUAGUUUUUAUGUAUCCAAAGAGAUGAUUGCUUCAACUUUAAUAGUCUUGAUUCUUGCUGUGGUGGCCUGAAUGGAAGCUUGUGUAACCCCACCAGUAACUCAUUUGGGGUGUCCUUGAAGUAUUAAACUUUGAUUCUUAACAAAAAUGUCCUGUGGUGAUUUA